CCUCUCAAGCGUGUGCUAUGCAUUGCAGGCAGAAGCAGCUGUGGUACGUUGGGGAGGACUGGGGUUUUCUUUAGGUGCUAGAAUUAGCAGUAGUCUCCUGUCAUACUGAAUAGCUUGCUCUGUGUCUCCUCUUCAGCUUCUUAGGUCUUUGGCAAAGAUUUCUAUCCUUACUUUGAUUUCAGAAGGGUUUGCGUUUCUUACCUUAUUCUCAUGGCCUCGUUGUUCUGAACUAUAAGCUGUCUUUGAUGUGGAGUAACUGCUCUAAAACACAACUGCCUGGCUGGCUACAGCUGAGCUUUAUAGUCUUGGUGUAAAAAAAUAGAGGGUGAUAGAUGGCAGACACGGACAUUUGCCUGGCCUGGCUUUUGAAUGGGACUCGUAGCAGGCUCACCAUCACUUAAUAAACUGUAUGAAGGCUCAAAAUAGUCCUUCUGUAUCAAGAUUAGAACCAAAACCUUUCUCUUUAAAGAGAUCUAGAAUUUAAGGUGCACAGGUUUCAGCCCUUCAUCUGUCCCUUCUUCUGUGUUGUAGCAAGUGUCCAUACUUGGAGACUGUUUGCUACUUGGUGUUUUGUGUUUUCACCCCAAAAUUCCCCUUGAAAUGGGAGAGUUUUAGUGAUGUAUUCGUAUGAGAAGCUUCUGCUUUGUUGAAAUCGGUGUUGCCAUGCUGAAGGAGGAGCUCCUGAAAGACUAUUUGGUCUGAACAGGGGAGUGCAGGGUUGGCAGGUGCCCUUGUCUGGGAGCAUGUAUUAACCCAAUGAAACUGAGGAUGAGUUUGUGUGGGGAUGGAGAGGGAAGUAGCUGUGAUUGUUCCUCCACGUCAGACAUACUCUGGUCCUUUGAAUCCAUUCAGGGCAGCUGUCUCAAGGCCAGCUUACAUGCAGUAUAGCUGCCAGCUCCCCUAUGAAGCCCUGGUAAGCUAGUUUGCUAGCACUUGAGGAGUAAUCGUGAUCUUUUAGGUGGCAACAGGUUGGAGGCACUUGAGGCCUGUGGACCCUCCUGCAAGCAAGAGCAACAUGGGCUCCUCAAAGCCUUGAUGCCAGUGUGCUUUUUCUCCCUCCUACCCCCUUGACAGAGCUGCCUGCUCGCAUCAUUUUACCCUCGAAGCUGCAGAACUGCAGUGUGUGUGCUGUGCUGAGCCCUGCAGCCAGUUUAGAAGGCUGCAGCCUGUUUUUAUGUUCAUGUUAGCUAUGGGCUGAGCUGCUAAAGAAUUACUGCAGGCCUUCACGUACGCAAGUAAAAGAGAGGAUUCCUGGAGGAUUUAUUAAUGCCUGUGCUCAUUGCCCAGGCAGGGAAGCUGUUCCAGAUGGUUGAAUCCUGCACAGCUCUGCAGAGGACUCAUCAUCUUGUGUGAGUCUGGGCUGAUGCUGCUUGGAGGUCAGCAUUGUCUUGGGAAAGAGGCGGGGAGGAAGGAGACUUGCUGCAGAUGGGGGUUGGAACUGGAUGAGCUUGAGGUUCUUUCCACCCCUAACCAUUCUAUGAAUCUAUGUUCAGAUGCUCUUCUCCCAGGCUUUCGUUGUGAAAGGGGGAUUUGCUCUGACCAGCACCUGUCUCAUGAGCAAAGAGGGAGCCCUCAUCUUCCACACUGGUGUGAGGAACAGCAGUGUUAUUCUCAGCAUCCAAAAUCUGUGUCCUUUAUGUUUUGCCUAAUGCCCCCUUGUGAAACCAAAAUGGAUCCACAGCAGGAAUGAGACGCAAACCAAAACCACCACUUCCAACCAGAGCUGGAGCACGGGCUUGGCGCAGCCUUCCCCAUCCCCUCCUGCACGCCCUUUGCUUUCCUACCUCUGUUGGGUCUGUAUCCUGGUAACACCGCUCACGUUGAGGUGCAGAAAACUCCCUGUGAUCCUUCAGGCUCGGGCGAGGGCUGUAGGUCUGGGAAGCAUGAACAAAACUCACCCUCAGAGAAAUGGUGAUGUAGCUACUUGGGGUUCAACAAAAUCCUUCUCUGAAGAAAAAGGCUGCUGCCGGCCAUGCGGUGCCCGCGCAGGCUGCACGCAGAAGUGUGUCUGCAUCUCUGCUGUGGCACUGCUCAUCCUCGCUGCCACCGUGGCCUUGGCGGUGGCACUGGGGCUCCGGCCACGGGCACCAGUGACCCGCUUCUGUACAGCCUCCAACAACCGGACAGGCUUCUUGUGUGACGACAGAGCUGCCUGCAUCCCUGCCAGCCAGGUCUGUGACAGAGCCAGCAACUGCCGGAACGGGGAGGAUGAGCAGGAGAUGCUCUGUGGUGACUUGCCCCGCAGCCUGCCAGGAUACCUGGUUUUCCCCUGCAGUAACCCCAAGUACUGGAUCUAUGCCGACAAGAGGUGUAAUGGGAUGAACGACUGCGGAGACUGCUCGGAUGAGAUUGGGAGCUCGGCUGCCUGCCCCCUGUGCGGGUGGGAUUGGUGGAGCUGCAGCCCUGUGCUCUAUGAGUACUGCUCCUGCAUCCCCCGGAGGCUGUGUCGGGACGGCAUCCAGCACUGCCUGGACUGGUCCGAUGAGUACGUCUGCACCCCGUGAACGGACUGCAGUGUCACCUUG